AUGAGUUCCGCAUGCCUCCAUUGCUGCCUUUGUGCCCAAAGCCAUGGAAGCAUUGCAGUUCGAAGCAGGCAUGCAAGAGCUGCCUUGCCCCAACUGUCAGGCCGAGCUGCAUGGCUUGGCGACCCGACCCUGAACAAGGACGAUCGGAGAGCCUCCAGGCGAAGGGAGGCUGCCGGCCUUCUCGCGAUUGCCGCUGCUGUAUCGGUGCCUGCAGUUGCCCGCGCAGGGCCAUUUGUCAGUUUUUUGUCUGAUGUUUUGCCCGUAAAGGAAGCUCAGCGCGCUUUUGCGAGAGCCGACUGGGAGAUCCGAGAUGGCGUGAACCGGGUCACGGAAGUCGUGGCCUCCCCCGUCAAACCGCCAGAGGUGCCUGAUGCCACUGGAGCUGAGGCAGCGGUCAUGGCCGCAGGAAGGGCAGCUGCAGAUGCUGCUGGCCUGGACAGGCAGAAUCUCGCGCUUCGUGAGGCAGAACUUGCAGAGCAGGAGCCGAAGCGACUUCGAGGGCGGGCAGAAGCUGGCCUUUUCGAGACAGAAAUGCUGGGCUCGGUUACGAUGCAUAUGGCUGCAAACUUGGAGAAGCCGGCCUUCCAAGCGUAUUGCAGCUGGAGGGCCUUUGGCGAGGCUCUUCGUGAGAUGAGCACCGCCUCCACUACGAAGUUCAGACGCAUAUUUGGGCAGCAGCUGCUCGCCGGUCGGCUGCGGACGUUUCCCCCCAAGCCAACGAUCAAAGCGUCGCCUGAGCAGGCGACGGUUCUCGUCAAUCAGAUACAGGCAGCCCUGGUCGCCUUGACCGAUGCCGGAUUGUGCUCGAAAGUUACACCGCAAGUGGACGAGGUACUUGUGGAAGUUUGGGGCGAAGGUGGAAGUGAAGAGCUUGUUCUGCCAAUCUUGAUUGAAGGUGAUCCGCUGGUGGAUGCGCAGCUCCUUCUGUCUGAGGAGCUUGCACCACCAGUGCUUCCAGACCCGAUAUUGGCAGUACUGACGGCAUGGCUUGAAGAGGCUGCUGGACCAGGAUAUGCUUCCUUGCAAAACUAUUAUGUGAACUCCCGUUGGCGUGGCAGAAGUGAAUACUCCAACAUGGUGUAUGUUCCAAAACAACGCCUAUUCCAACUCACUUUACAUAGUCACGCACAAGGCAGCCUGCUUUGCAUGGCCGACUGCAUAUUCUGGCACAAGCCACUCGUCUAG